AUGUUUAGACAAAAUAAAAGAAAAAUUGCAUCAAGAAGAAAUUUUGAUUCAUCACCAUACGUCGAUAACGGUAGCAACGAGUCCACUCCAUUUGCUUUAGCUCCCACUUCAACUGAAGAAGAGAAGAAACUAUAUGAUAGCAUAUAUGACUCUAAGUUAUCGUUCUAUACUUCUCGACCACAAGGUGAAAUUACAUUGGAACAAUUUGAAACAUGGGCUGUUGAUAGAUUGAAGAUUCUGUUAGAAAUUGAAUCAUGUAUAUCAAGAAAUAAAUCAUUAAAGGAGAUCGAAACUAUUAUCAAACCACAGUUCCAAAAAUUGUUACCAUUCAAUACAGAUGAUUUCCAAGACAAGAAGAAGGAUUAUUACUCCCAUUUUAUAUUAAGAUUAUGUUUCUGUCGCACAAAUGAACUAAGAGAUAAAUUCAUCAGAGCAGAAACUUUAUUAUUGAAAAUAAGAUUCAAUAUGUUGACAUCUUUUGAACAGGCAAAAUUUGUUCAAUCGCUGAACUUGGCUAAAUUGCAAUUCAUAUCAGAUGAGGAGAAAAAUGAAUUAUGGAAACCAUUGUAUCAAACAGUGACGCCAGCUUUAAUAUAUCAAAUGAAUUUAUCAGAUGAACAACAACGUAAAUUAUUUUUCCAAAAUGAAAAGUUUUUGAAACUACCGUUCGAAAAUGUAAUUGAAUUAAUCGGGAAUAGACAAGUGUUCUUACGGAAGGGGUAUGCCUAUUUACCACAAUUCCAACAAUUAAACUUAAUCGCUACUGAAUUUUCUAACCAAUUAAGCGACUCUCUAUUAAAGACAUAUCAAUAUUUACCACGUCUUAAUGAAGAUGAUAGACUAAUACCUAUCUUAAAUCAUUUAUCUUCUGGUUAUACAGUUGCUGAUUUCAAUGAGAAUAACAAGUUCGGAAUGUAUGGGGAAGGAAAUGAUGACGAAAUCAAUGCUCAAAGUGUAUAUUCUGAAGAAAUUAGUUCAAAUUAUCCGCUAUGUGUCAAGAAUUUAUUUUAUGGAUUGAAAAAAGAUGGCCAUUUGAAAUAUCAAGGUAGACAACAAUUAAGUUUAUUUUUGAAAGGUAUCGGGCUAAGUGCUGAAGAAUCUUUGAAAUUUUGGUGUGAUGCAUUUACUAAAAACAAUAAAAUGACUGUAGAGAAGUUUAACAAGGAAUAUCGUUAUAAUUUCAGACAUAAUUACGGGCUAGAAGGUAAUAGAAUCAAUUAUAAACCAUGGGAUUGUAGGACAAUUCUAUCUAAACCAAGACCUGGAAGAGGUGAGUAUCAUGGAUGUCCAUAUCGUGAUUGGAGUAGUGAGAAAUUAACUGCAGAAUUGAAAACCAUGAAUCUGACAAACCCACAAAUUACAUCGAUAUUGGAUUCUUGUGAAAAGGGUGAAUAUACAGUCGCAUUAACAAAAACAUUUGAGUUUACCCAUAAUAUAUCAGCCACUGAUCUUGACAUCGAUGAACAGACACAUAUUUCUCAUCCAAAUUUGUAUUUUGAAAGGUCGAGGCAACUACAAAAAAAGAGAAAAGAAAUGGAAAAGGAGAUGAAAUCUAAAGUAUAA